AUUGUUGCUGAGGCCGAAGAAUUCCAGCCGAAAGCGUACUACGCAGCAUGGAAGCGUACUGGGAAGCGAAUGGUCAUGCACCGCAUUCAUUGAAAUAUGAGAGUGAGGCUAGUGUGCCUGGAUACACGUACUGCGGUGAACCGGGACUGAACUUUUCCGCCAACAAUACCACCUACAGCGAAGAUGAUGCCGAUUUUCCACCAGGACGGCGGGGCAAAACGUCACGGCAAGAUCCACUGUCACAUCGGAUCAUUGAGAAGCGACGCCGUGAUCGGAUGAACUCCUGCCUGGCAGACCUUUCGCGACUCAUUCCGCAGCAGUACAUGCGCAAAGGUCGGGGUCGCGUAGAAAAGACGGAAAUCAUUGAGAUGGCCAUACGGCACCUGAAGAAUCUGCAGAACCAAGAGUGUGGUCGGGAAACGGCAUGCGCCGAACAGUACCGGCUCGGCUACAACGAGUGUCUGACGGAGGCGGCCAAGUUUAUGAUGCGUGAGCGUGGCGAGGAGAUGUGUUUCCGUAUGGUGGCACACCUGAAGGAACAUUGCAAUGAGAUUAUGAAGGGUGAACUGACAAAGUCACGCUGUGGUGCAGAACUUGCGAACGGUGGCAGUCCCAUCUAUCUGGCCAGUGGGCAGUUAGGCCAUUUGCGGGAAAUACUCACCUGCCCGUCGGAUCUCGAGCACAGUAGUAACGAUCAUCAUGAUGUGAAGGAUCUGAGCUUCCGUAGCGCUACGAGCACUAGCAGCAGUUCGCACAGUAACAAUCCACCACAGGCCGCCGUCAUCACGUCGACUGCACCGAGCAUGGUGCAGCACUUGGAUACCUCGAGCAAUCACUCGACGCAAGACUACGAUGCACCGUCACCUCCGGCACGCUCGCUCUGCUCCAAUGGGGGAGUUGUAGGUCUGCAGCAGGAUACAAAUAACAACAUCAAUCAGCACGAGAGUGUGUUGCGCACGAUCCGCAUGCGAAAGUUCUCGGAGCAUGCGUCACCCGAGCAUGAGCAUAGUCAUAAUAGCUACAAGUUUAAAAACUAUAUCCAGCAACGGUUUUCUCAGGAUACGCACGAAAAUGGGCAUGGAACGGAUUUCGACCGUAGUCCGGUGUCGCUGCAUGAGGACCAGCAUCUGCAUCAACAUUCAAGCUCGUUGCGAGCAUCACCACUAACCAAUGGUAGUAGCGGUAGUGUUUCGGGCGCUGAUUCAAAGUCCUCCAGUACGAGCACACUGACUGGGAAAUCUUCAACCGUAGCGUCCUCUUCGGAUGAGCCACUUUCGUUGAAACGAAAGGCACCGAGUGGCGCUACUAGCAAUGGGGCGGAAUCGCCGGCAGCGGAAAAUGGAACCCAUCACCACCAUCAUCACCAUCAACAGCAGCAGCAACAGAAUGCUUCGGAUUGUGCUCCAAUGGAGAAGAAGCUAGCCCUUGCCAAGCACGGACAUGCAAUGGCAGCAUCCUCAUCGGUGACGCCUCUUCCAGAGAUAAAGCACGAGCUGGUGUCGUCGAUCGGUGGUACUGGUGCCGUGGUAGCUCUUGGGCAAACGGCGACACCCAGUUUCGCUCAUCAACACCAUCACCAGCAGCAGCAGCAACAUCAUCAUCACAGUUCCUACCAUCCGGUGCCGAUCUUUGCCUGCCACACGCAGGGUUUCUAUAUUCCGCUGAACAUAGAUUACGAAACACUGUUGCCAUACCUUAACGGGGUCGAUCUGCUGAGCAAAAGCUUCCUUCAGAUGCCUCCGCUGCAUCCGAUCAGCAUCAGCGUAAACUACACGCCGAGCACGCUGACCGGAAGUGGUGGUAGUUUGCUGCUAAAGGCGUCCACCGUUAAUGGGCUUAAUUCGCAGACGAAAGCCAAACUGGUCGAAGGUAUCAUUAAUGGGUGUUAGGAG